UGCUGGACCACACCUCGGAGAGAGUUCUUCUGGAGGUUAGAGAGCCAGCGUCCAAUCACAAUGGCGGCCAGCUUCUCUUCGGACAUGACGGCUAUCUCUACAUCUUCACUGGAGAUGGUGGGAGAGCCGGCGACCCCUUUGGCAAAUUCGGCAACUCUCAGAACAAGUCAGCCCUCUUGGGAAAAGUGCUUCGGGUGGACGUGGACAACAACGACGACGGCGCCCCCUACAGCAUCCCCUCGGACAACCCCUUCCUGGGGGAGAAGGGCGCGCGCCCCGAGGUCUACGCCUACGGCGUACGCAACAUGUGGCGCUGCUCCAUCGACCGCGGCGACCCCAUCACGGGGCAAGGGAGAGGACGCCUGUUUUGCGGGGACGUGGGCCAGAACAAGUUCGAGGAGGUGGACAUCAUCGCCAAGGGAGGCAACUACGGCUGGAGGGCCAAGGAGGGGUUCUCCUGUUACGAUAAGAGGCUCUGUCUCAACUCCUCACUCGAUGACAUCCUCCCUAUUUUCGCCUACCCACACAAGCUGGGCAAAUCUGUGACUGGGGGCUAUGUCUACCGAGGGUGCCAGAUGCCCAAUCUAAAUGGCCGAUACAUCUUUGGCGAUUUCAUGAGUGGGCGUCUGAUGUCUCUAAGGGAGAAUCUCAAUACAGGGAAAUGGGACUACACAGAGGUCUGCAUGGGCAGUGACAAGACCUGCAGCUUCCCCAAGCUCAUCAACAGCUACUACAAGUAUAUCAUCUCCUUCGCCGAGGACGAGGCCGGGGAGCUGUACUUCUUGGCCACCGGGGUCCCUAGUGCCCAUUCCCGUGCCGGAGUUGUCUAUAAGAUAGUGGACCCAUCCAGGAGAGCUCCUCCAGGCAAGUGCCACUAUAAGCCCACCCCUGUCCAGAUAAAGGGCAAGCUGAUUCCCUUCCACCCCAAGGAGGAGUUUGUGAUUGACAAGAAGCCAACAACCACAGCGCCUCCUCUGACCACUAAGCCUGUAACAACACGACCUCAAACCACAACGGCCCGUCCUGCUGCCGCUAGAACCCCCAAGAGGCCUUCAUCCGCUGGGGGUCCGAGGACCACGCCGAGACCCGUCACCACUCCACCCCUAACCACCACAAGAGGACCACGGACCUCGCCACCCCCGGCUCGGAGUGUCACGACCCCUCGGCCACAUUACGGCACCACUACUGCGAGAUCUGGACAUAUGCCAAAUGUUCCUCUCACGAGACCCACUCCAACACCUAGAGCACGGGUCACUGCAAGCCCCAGGCCCAGAACUGUCCCCACUGCUAGGCCCCGGGCACCGCUCACCACCCCCUGGCCACACUCAACCUCCAGGCCACCCCAGCCCACAGCCAGUCCGAACAUCAGAACCACCCCCCGGCCACCGUACUGGACACCUGCCCCGAAGCCCACCUCCAAAGCCCAGGGACCCAACUUCACCCUGUCCAAGUCAUCUGGGAAGGGUCAGAGCCAGGAUGGCCGGGUCGAAAAGGAGGGGGAGAACCAGGUCCAGAAACCGCGGCGCCGAGGCAAUAAGCAGCGCAAGAACGGCCGGCGCCGGUCUCGGUCCGGUCGGGUGAGGCUGAUCAGUGAGGCCGGGGACCAGCACACGGACCGUGGGCGCGUGGAGAUCUUUGUGCGUGGGGAAUGGGGCACGGUGUGUGACGACCUGUUCGACAGCAAGGCAGCCGCCGUGGUGUGCCAGCAGCUAGGAUUCCCGUACGCACUGCGCGUUGCCAAACGGGCAGAGCUUGGCGCGGCCGCUGCCGACGUGCGUAUCCUGCUGGACGAUGUGGAGUGCGACGGCACCGAGAAGACGCUGCUGGACUGCCGACACGCCCGCGUGGGCAAGAACAACUGCUCACACCAGGAGGACGUCGGCGUGGUGUGUGGGCACAGCGAACAGUAGCCUGCCGGCGCUGGGGGGCGGAAGUGGGCAAGGGGUAGUCUGGGGCAAAAGACUACAACAGUGCUGGAUUUCUAGAUGUACCUGCCCAAGAUGUGGCUGUGGAGAAAGGAGAAACUGUUGCUGUAGACUUUAGAUGCAAUAUCGUUCGUUGUUUGUUUGUUUGUUUGUUUGUUUGUUUGUUUCAAAGGAUCAGGGUCAAUGGCAGAACACUGCUGUGAUACUCGGGCCUAAAUGGGCUAUGUAUGGAAGUUUAGUAGUCCUGAACACACCAUUGCGUCCAUGAUUCCACUGGCUUUGCGUGUAUUCAAUACAGCGCCUCUUCAGGUAAAACCUUCAGGUGGUAAUAGGUUAGCAUGCCUUCAAAUGACUUCAAAAUGGUUAUUUUUUCACAUUCUGUUGCUAUUUCUAGGUUCUAUUAGAACAUUUCAAACUACAAAGUCUACACAAGUAUUCCUCACAGAUUCCUUUCUGUAGUAGAUCUCGGCUGUCCGGCCCACACCACAGCACACCUGGUGUGCUCUUAGCUUGUCUUGAAAUCGAAUAUGUACACAGUGCACCUUCUCUGUCCAAUUGUUUAAAGCCCACACUAAAUCACCCUUACAAACCUGGCCUCAUUCUAUUUCAAGUCAACUCCAACUUUAAGCAACAUUUCAUUUUUUAAUUCAAAUAUAACCAGUUGUUGAAAUGAUGCGGAAUAGGAAGCCCAAUAAAUUGGUGCAUGCAUUGCUUGUAAAACUGUCGCCAUGUCUCAAGAGCUCCGCCUGAGGUGUUGAUCAUCUCUUUAUUUUGGGCUCUGUGAGUUAUGUUACAUCUUGGCUCAACCACACAGUACUUUAACUCUCUUGGGCGUUUAACCAGCUGUACAAUUAAUUUACACACACACACAGACACACACACACACACGCACGCACACACACACACACACACACACACACACACACACACACACACACACACACACACACACACACACACAGAGAGAGAGAGAGAGCUGUGUUUAUUGGCCUUGAGAACACAGACUGUGCACAUCUGUGUAUUAGGGUCAUGUGAGGUAGUUUGAUAUUAAAUGCUCAUGUUUUAAGUUCAAUUCAGUGAUCCUCGAGUGGAGGACAACAAUGUAUUGCGAUGUAGUCAAACAGAGAGGAGAACUGUGCAAUUAUGCCCCCUGGUGGCAAUGAGAUGCAAGUUGAUUUAUAGUUGGUGUCAAUCAUGGGAAUGAUUUGCCAUCCUUAUAACCCAAACAAUGCAAAGGUGUGUUUUUAUCUGUUUGUUUGUUUUUAAAGUCUUGAAAAUAUUUUUUCUAUGAAUUUAGUACCCAUUAUGAACCCAAGCUUAUGUACAUUUUACAUUUCUAAAAGGAUUUUAUUAUUAAAUGAAAUGCUGGACAUUCUUUGAUUUGUUGUGAAAAAAGAGAAUGUGUGUAUAAAUAAACAUGGAAUAUGUGUCCCCAA